UAAACUCAUUUUUUCCAUUUAUCUUUCAAGGAGAAGUUGUAGAGUUAGAAUAUAUGAAGGCUAAGAAAGCUGUUGAAGACAAAAUUAAAGAAUACGAAGAUCUGAAUGCCAAGAGAUAUAUAGAAACCCAGCAAGCAAGUUUACCAUCUGAAGAACCAAGGUAUAAAAAAGUUGAAGUGAUGGAAUACAGAGGAAGACCAGCUGCAGUAACAAGAAAAUGUAUACCUGAAUUUGAAGACUCUCACAAUGGCAGGACAUUCACAUCGGAGUAUCCUAUACCUGUUAGAGAAAAUGACAAAGUUAAUAAUGAUGGUCUCAAAUUAAGGGGCAAGAGAAUGUGUCCAAAAUGUGCAGGUUUCGUUGCAGCACGUAAAUAUGCCUGCGAUUGUGGCUAUAACUUCAAGGAGGUAAAAGAAAUCCUAAAAAGAAAAAGGAAUGCCCACCUACUAGAGAUGGGCAAAAAGGCCAGCAAAAACAGAAAUCUCUGGCGGGCCUUCAGUGCUAUUGAAAAACAGAGUAUCAAAAUACAAGGUGGAGGAUAUUACUUUGUGACUUUAUACUUUAAAGAAUGUCCUACAAGAGACAAUAAAGGAAUCAUCUCUGGAAACUGGCUCAAGAAACAUGAGGGUGACCUUCUGCUGGAAUUAUUUUCCAAAUUAAUAAAGCCGCAGAACAAGGAAGAGGAGCAUUUAACACUUGCCCAGGAUAGACAACAUAACAAAGAACUACCAAGCAAGGAUCCACCACAUGUCUCAAUUAAUCAAGACGUUACACAAGACCAAGAACAUUAGAAUCUUCACUACAAAGAAUCUCAACAAGAACCACCAUCUUCACACACUACAAAGUUUGGCUAACAAGAAUACUUCCUCAACAAAGUACUUAUUAAUGUGAAUGGUAACAAAAUGCCUUCUCAGUUUCAGAGACUGUUCCUACAUUCUUAUGAAAAUAUUAUUAGGAAAUAUAAAUAACUGGAAAAUUUAAACCAAAAGUUUAUAAGGUUUAUUCAAACAAAAUCUACAAACAUGAAAUAUCAUAACAUUGGAUCAUACAGUAAAAAAGUAAGACAAAAAUUGACAAAGAUAUAAACAUCAAUAUAUAGGCUCCUCCAGCAAGAGGUAUGCCACAACCUGUGGUACUGUAGUCUGGCUGUGAUCCACCAUGCUCCAGAGUGAUGCAAGUACAUAGUACACCCAUUGGUAUAUCGGCAAAAACUGAAGCAG